AGUAAAUUUGUGGGGUCCAAUUUGGUUCACACAUCUCAAGUCGCAGCCCGCAGGAGAAGCCGAAGCAUGGACAAGAAGACCGCCAAGUCGCCGGAUGCCGGCAACAAACGCAAGGCCGCAGAACCCAAGGCCAAGGCCUCGAAGAAGAAGGUCGAGUCGGAGGAAGAUGAGGACGACGACGAUGAGGAGGAUAACGACGAUGAGGAGGAUAACGACGAUGAGGAGGAUAACGACGACGAAGGCGAUGACGACGAUGAUGAUGAUGACGACGAUGCGCCGAAGAAGAAGCGCGCCAAGACCAACGAUGAUGACGACGAGGAUGAUGACAAUGACAACGACGACGACGACAAUGUCAACAUCAACGAAGACGACUUGAUCGGCGUCGACACUUCCAACAUCAUUCCCCGUGCGCGGCGGCGUGCUGCGGCGGCGGCCAUGGCGGCGCCGAUGCUCGAAGAAGAAGAUAACGUGGCCGCGCCGGCCGGCGACGACGAUGGGUCGAGUGGCGAAGAAGCCGAGUUUUAACGGCGACGCCAAUGCACGUAUCGAUAUUAUCUCAUUGUCUACGUGGCAAAGAACAGCUGCGGGUGCAGU